CUGAGAUAUAAACAAAUAGUACCCAAAUGCAAAGACAACAGAAAUAGAAAUAGAAUAGAAAAGCAUUUGACUGACGUCUUGCUUUUCGCCUUGACUUUUCCUCACACUGAUUGCUUUAGGCUGGCAUGGGAGGGGGGCGCUCCAGCAGGCAAAAUAGCGGACGGAAUUUUAGCAUAGGAGACCUGGUGGAAGUGAGCAGCGAUGAAGAAGGGUUUAGAGGCGCAUGGUACGAGGCCAGGAUCCUCAAAUCACUCUCUUCUUCAAGAAGCUGUUACUCUAAAAGAAAAGCCGAGGCCUUGGUUCAGUAUCGUACUCUACUUUCAGAUACAGAUGAGAAGAAGCCAUUGACGGAGUACGUUGAUUUUUCCUUCAUUAGGCCUUUCCCUCCGGUUCCUAGUACUAUCCCUGCCUUUGAACCACUUGAUGUCGUUGACGCCUUUCACCGUGAUGGCUGGUGGAAGGGUAUCGUCACUAAAGUUGAUGUUUUUGAGGAUGAUAAGACCAACUCAAAGAAGUACACUGUUGUUUUUGAAAACCCACCCGAACAAUUUCAGUUUCUCUCUAAAGAUUUGAGGUUUCAUUGGGAUUGGAGUAAUGGGGCAUGGUCUCGACUCCAAAGACAAAAGAGAAUGGAAGGAUUAAGGUUUAGUAAAGGGAUGGCUGUAGAGGUGAAUCUUGACAAAGAAAACUUAGAAGAUGCUUGGUUUCCAGCAACUGUUCUUGAGGAAGUCGGCUUCAAUUCUUUCUUGCUAGAUUGUGGCAGCUCAAAUGGUCAUAUUAAAGAAACUGUUGAUUGCUUCCACAUCCGCCCUCCCCCUCCUAAGUUGUAUAUUACAGAAUUUGAGAUCUUGGAAGCAGUUGAUGUUUUCCAUGAGUCAAGUUGGAGGGAAGCCCUCAUUAUCAAAAUUCUUACAGAAGGAAGGUACAGUGUCUCUCUAAAGCAUGCAGAAAAGGAGAUGCAGCUGAGUCAAUCUGAAAUAAGGCCACAUCUCUCUUUGAUGGAUGGUGUAUGGGUUAAUCUUGCCAGGGAUAUAUGUAUUGCUGUACAAUAUGAAGAGAAGAGAUUAACAAAUGCUGACAGCAAUGCAGAAGACCAUGAGGUAGCUAUAAGUGUUGAGAGUUCAAUCAGAGCGAUGAAUGAGAUUGAAGAGAAAUCUUCUUGCAGAAAAUUAAGCACAGCAAAGGAUUACAGAGAAGAGAAAUUGUUUUGCAAAAAGUCAAGGAAGAAUCCAUUAGAGCAGUCAAUGGCUUGUAAUGCACAAUCACCAAGUAAGAAAGUAAGGAAGACACCACCUAAAGGUGAGGAUGCACUUUCAUGCCCUUCCAAAAAGUUGAAAAAAGCAAACUCUGUCAAACCCUUGUCUUGCCAAGCAUGUCAUGCAGAGUUGACGCCAAUCAAGACUAUAAACCAAGAAAUGCAAACCAAUUGCUCAACCGAUCUCCAAAAUAAUGUUGAUCCUAGUCCACAAGAUGCUUUACUGGAGAAUAAAGUGACAGGCUACAUGGAGAAAAGGGAAAGACAGAUGAGUUCUAAAGUUACAAGCCAGUGGGUUCCAGCAGUAGGCAGAGAGGAAAAGACAAAAGGAGACUUGGCUGAAAUCCUAGUUGAAAUUGAGCACAUGGAAAAAGAUGCUCAUUCUUCCUUUUCCUUAGUUGAGGGGACGAGGGGCCUCCAUGCAGAAAACGGUUACCAACAUUCUGAUGAGGUGAUUAAUCAGAAGAAAGAAAGUAGUGUGAUCGGGCAGCAGAAAGAAGGUGAACAGAGCAAUAUAGCUGGAAAUGGUACUAGUGAAAUUGACUUUCAAGAUUGUGCAACUGAAGAGGCUGAAUUGUCUACAGUAAUCAGCAUGGAGCAUUUAGAUGUCUUGACCGGAUCGUCAGCCAUAGUUUCUUUGGAAAAUCACAUGGCAAAAGAAGUUAGCAUGGCUGCUGUGAUGGAAUCCUGUAACACUCAAGCUCUAUCAACAUGCUUUCCAGAUGUCUUGACCGGAUCGUCAGCCAUAGUUUCUUUGGAAAAUCACAUGGCAAAAGAAGUUAGCAUGGCUGCUGUGAUGGAAUCCUGUAACACUCAAGCUCUAUCAACAUGCUUUCCAGAUGUCUUGACCGGAUCGUCAGCCAUAGUUUCUUUGGAAAAUCACAUGGCAAAAGAAGUUAGCAUGGCUGCUGUGAUGGAAUCCUGUAACACUCAAGCUCUAUCAACAUGCUUUCCAGGUAAAAGAGAAAGAAAAGUAGAAAAUUUCAAGCAAUCUUCAGUGAUAAAUGUUCCAGAAGCCACUGAGCUUGUGGAGAAUCUAGAGAUGCCAUUUCUUAAGAGCUCACUUAUAUGGAAAAACAUUGAAUCUCUAGAAGUUUUCCAAGUCCUGCCACAAAAACCACAUUUCAGUCCUCUGAUUGGACAUAAAGAGGCGAGCCGCGAAGGAAUGGCUAUGGGUCAUAUGUUGAGCUUUGCAGUUCUGAUAGAGAAGAUGUCCAAGUUGCGAGUUGAUGAUGGUAGAGAAGUUUUCGAGAGCUAUAUGGAAGUCCUUGCUGAGCUUGAAAUGCAUGGAUUUGAGGUUAAGGCAAUAGCGGAGCGCCUUGAGAAGUUGCUGUCAAUCAAAGAUAGGUGCAAACGGCUAGAGGAUGAGGCGAAGAAGGUCCACAUUGGGAUGGCAGAGGGUAAGAAUGAGAAAAUAAAAUUGGAAGAGGAUAUUGAUAAAAUUGAGAAGCGGAUAAGCCAGUUAGAAGAGCAACGGGCAAUGAAAGUGUCGAUGAAGAUGAUGAAAGAUUCUGAACUCAUCACUCUGCAGGUGAACGCUAAUGCUGUGAAUGAAGAUAUUUUGAAUAUGGAGCAUGAAUUUGAAAACGUAGCUGCUGCACCUUGGUAACCGACGUCGUUUCCUAAAUGAUCCUUUGGCCCCAAGUGAAGUGAUUUUUCGCUAGAUACAACCAUCAGAAUCGGAUGUUUAUAUUCUCCUCCAAACAUAAAAAAAGUGUUUAUUGUGGUUUGGCUACUAUGUUAAUUGAGUUAUUAUGGGCUGGACAAAUCUUCCUUUAAUUCUAAUGCUAUUGCCAACUCCUUUGGGAUUAAAAUGAAGAUGGCUCAUUUGCAAUCCUGUAAUUUGAUAAGAGGGCGAAUUAUCACUUAAUAUAUCACAAAAUUUUCUUCUCUA